AUGGCAUUUCCAAGAAUGCGAUCUGGUAAUAAUCGAGAUGUUGAUCGGUUAGUUCACCCAAAUAGGGUUAUUUAUACAAAAAUAGAAACAUUAAUAAAAAGUAUGCUUGAUACUGUUGAUGGUGUACCUAUAAGAACAGUUAAAUCUUUUCUCUCAAAAAUACCAUCUGUCUUUACGGGUCAAGAUUUAAUUGCAUGGAUUAUGAAACAUUGUGAUGUUGUGGAUUUAUCUGAUGCAUUACAUCUAGCACACCUUAUUGCUGCACAUGGAUAUUUAUUUCAAAUUGAUGAUCAUAUUCUUACUGUUAAAAAUGAUGGUACAUUUUAUAGAUUUCAAACACCAUAUUUUUGGCCUUCCAAUUGUUGGGAACCUGAAAAUACAGAUUAUGCUGUAUAUUUAUGCAAAAGAACAAUGCAAAAUAAGGCGCACCUUGAAUUAGAAGAUUUUGAAGCAGAAAAUUUAGCAAAAUUACAAAAAAUGUUUUCUAGAAAAUGGGAAUUUGUAUUUAUGCAAGCUGAGGCACAAUAUAAAGUUGAUAAAAAACGUGAUAGAAUGGAAAGGCAAAUUUUAGAUAGUCAAGAAAGAGCAUUUUGGGAUGUUCAUAGGCCUGUACCAGGUUGUGUUAAUACAACAGAAGUUGAUUUUAGAAAAUUAUCUAGAUCAGGAAGACCAAAAUAUAGUAAUUCUAAUAAUUUAAUAUCAACAUCGCCUGGAUAUUCACAAUAUUCAACCUCUGCAGUUGUUGCUCACAAUAAUUCAUUAAAUAAUGAAUUAACUAAUAAAACAGGUACCACUUCUGAAAAUAAUCCAUCACCAUCAACAUCUUUAACUCCAAGAACAUAUAGUCAAAAACCUGGAAUGAGACGUUGUACACAAUUACAUGAUACAUUAUCACAUGAGAUAAAUGCCUUACAAUCACGUUUGGCUAAAAAUGUCUUAAGAACAUCAAAAGUAGUUGAAAAUUAUUUACAAUAUUAUGAAAGAAGAAAAAUUUUUGAUCCAUUUCUUGUUCCACCAUCUUCUCCUGGUGAUCCAUUUUCAUCUCAACCAAAUCCAUGGCUUUCAGAUACUGUUGAUUAUUGGCAACAUGAUAAAAUUACCGGUGAAAUAGCAACAAGAAGAUUAAAACUUUGGGAAGAAAGUUAUGAAGAAUUAUUAAUUGAUUCUCUCGGAAGAGAAACAUUACAAAAAUUUUUAGACAAAGAAUAUUCUGGUGAAAAUUUACGUUUUUGGUGGGAAGUACAAAAAUUAAGAAAAUGCGCUUCUAGGAUGGUUCCUGUACUUGUAACAGAAAUAUAUAAUGAAUUUAUUGAUACUAAUGCAACAUCUCCUGUUAAUAUUGAUUGUAAAGUUAUGGAUAUAACAGAGGAAAAUUUAAAAAAUCCUAAUAGAUGGAGUUUUGAUGAAGCAGCAGAUCAUAUUUAUUGUUUAAUGAAAAAUGAUAGUUAUCAAAGAUUUUUACGUAGUGAUAUUUAUAGAGAUCUUUUAACACAAUCAAAGAAAAAAAAUUCAUUUACCUUGAUGAUCAGCCGAAAGACAUCCAAGAAAGUGCUUUCAUCAAGUUCCUUAACCUCAUCAUUUAUUUCGCGGUCAGCGAAAUUGACGUUAGGAACAACCAGUGCAACCUCUAGUGGUAUUGCAAAUGGUCUCCUAACUACUACACACCUGGCUCCACCAUCAUCAGAUUUUCCAUUAACUGAAUCAUCUGGAGAGAUCAAAAAAUCGUGUACCACAUCCCAACCACGUGGUAACGCACCUGGAAAAAUUACCAGAGACAUUGGAUUACGUUUUCCAACUAUACCUGGAUUUGCAUCUAAUGUUAUUAAAAGAGACAUAAAUAAUACAAAUAAUAAUACACAACAACCAAUUACAACUUCAAUUAUAAAUCCUCCUAGUAAUUCAUCACCGUCUCAAGUAACUACAGCUGCACCUACAGCUACAACCAGUAGUUAUAGUAUUGCCGGACAAGGAACAACACAGUCUUCCGCAAAUAUUUCUACUAUGACAACAAAUCUUAAUCAAAUAGCAUUAUCAUCAAGUCAAAGUUUUUCUCAACAAUAUGGUGGUACUUAUGUUAAAAAUAGUAACAUAACAUCAACUACAUCAAAUAUAAUGUUAUCAUCAGAACCUAAAGAUUCAUCUGUAAAAAGUACCUCUCCCAAUAUAACAAAAAUUAACUAUGUAAAUGAUACAAAUCAACAAAAAAAAUUAUCUACUAUAAAUCCCUUCUCUUGA